UAGAGUGAUAAUGCUACUCUUAAAAGAGAUCCAAUCACAUAUUCCUCCAAGAGAACCUGAGGCGGAUUGCUAAAAUAUUCAUGUCCAGGGAGAGAAAACCAGAGCAAUUAAGCAACACAGAUAUUUACAUGGAAACAGCAGCUAUGCAAGAGGAGAAAGCCAUGCUCCUGAGUGACAUAGGAGGGCCAAAAUCCUGCAGGGAGAAGUUUCUUCGAGCAUGGAAUGAAAAGCUGAAACUCCAGCUACGUCCCACCUUGUCCUCUCAAAUGCCAGAGCGUCAGUCAGCAAUUCAUACUCCAAAUCAGGAGAAAUGGACAAAGGACAAGUCCCUGUCACACUUACUCAAGAGGGCUUCAGGACAACCCAGUGAAAAUGCCAUUUACUACUUGAUGGUGAUGCCUGCUUCUGAGGCGCAAUUGCACACAAGUCCAGCGAGUUGCUGGACAACUGGACACUGUCCCCAGCAGCUGCCUACAGGUCUAGAUCCUGUAGACAAGAAACUGGCAAGUAACCCCUUGGAUUUGGAAACAAAUCCUGAAGAGGAAUUCCUCCAGAUCUGUGUUUCAGAUUUGCUGCUGGAGUCCUCCAUGAAGAAGAGGCCAAGGCUGCUGCCACCUAACAGAAAGAUGCAUGUGGAAGUGUUGUGGAAGAAACAGGAACUGCACCUUCGGCAAGAGUAUGAGAGAAGUCCUGUCCCCCUGCAAUACAAUCACCUGAUAGAUACCAUGGCGUUGACCAAUCCUGAUGACCUUACUGAGGUAGAGUCUUUCUAUCGUAGAUUCACUCCCGGGCUGAAACAACCGGGCUCUUGCAGGAGCACUAGACCAUUUCACCCACAGGUGGAGUGUCACUCACCUCCCAGCACCACAGAAGCUUCCACCUGCCAACAGGGUGCCAGAAGAACUGCCAAGAUGAGGUACAAGCUACAUCGGCAGUUGAGUCUAAAGAGAAGUGCUCCCCUAGCUGACCUCACGAUGGCAACCAAACAAUCCUUGAACACGUCUCAAAAUGGCCACCUCCCACCAAAGAAGCGAUACACUCAAGGCUGCCUCAAAGAGAUGUGCUGCAAUAUCGGCAAUGUAUUAGGAACGGGCAGUACUCAGGCUUAGAGGGGGAAUCC